AUGGUGGUUCUGGCCCUGACCCUCCUUGCGGCAGCUGCUACUGCGUUCUCCCUGGGGGUUCUGCUGUGGGUGAUCUGUAGACACUUUUGGACUGAAUACAUCCCUGCAGGCAUCAGUCACCCCGUGAAGUUGAGGAUCCUCAGCUGCCUGUUACAGCUCUCAAUGACAUGGGGGGUGAUUUUUGAGAAGCUAGGACUCUGUUAUGCACCCCAGUUUGCCAGUUUUCUGCAUGAUCUGCAGCCACUCAAGAAAGAUCCAGAUGUUGUGGUCAUAGAUCUCCACUUUGGGACAAUUCCUGUAAAGCUGUACUGCCCCAAGGCACCUUCCCCUACCCCAAGGCCUGGCAUCAUCUUCUUCCAUGGUGGUGGGACCAUCCUGGGGAGCUUGAGAACCCAUCAUGGCAUAUGCCUGCGUUUGUCCAAGGACAGUGACUCUGUGGUCCUGGCAGUCGGAUACCGAAAGUCUCCCAUGUACAAGUUUCCAGUGAUGCGGGUCGACUGUGAGGCAGCCACCACCCACUUCCUGAAAUCCCUGCAUGUGUAUGGAGUGGAUCCAGCUCGGGUAGUUGUCUGCGGUGACAGCGUAGGAGGAGGCAUAGCCACUGUGAUUUGUCAAAUGUUUGUGAAGCGGCCAGACCUUCCCCGUAUAAGAGCUCAGAUUCUCAUCUACUCUGCCUUACAAGCUAUAGAUUUCCAGUGUCCUUCCUAUCAGCAGAACAGCAACAUCCCACUACUCUCUUGGAAUUUUGCCUUUUACUGCUGGCAUUGCCACCUAGAUGUGAACCCUUCCUGGAAAAGUGUCAUCAAGAGGGGCAGCCAUUUGCCACCAGAAGUCUGGGAGAAAUAUAGAAAGUGGUUGGGUUCAGAAAAUAUCCCAGAGAGGUUUAAGAAGCAUGGUUACCAACCCGUACCCCUUGAACCUGUGAAUGAAGACGCUUACCUUGAGACAAGUGUCAUACUGGACAGUACCUGCUCACCCCUGAUCGCAGAUGAUGACAUAGUGUGUCAGCUCCCGGAGACUUGCAUUGUGAGCUGUGAAUACGAUCUUCUCCGAGACCAUUCACUCUUGUACAAGAAGAGGCUGGAAGACCUGGGGGUGCCCGUGACGUGGCACCACAUGGAGGAUGGUUUUCAUGGCGUUCUGAACACCCUUGACUUUGGCUUCCUGAGCUUCCCUUGUUCCACAAGAAUUCUGAAUGUGAUUACUCAGUUUAUCAGAGGGUUGUGA